GACAGUUAUUUUCGGUUAAAGAUUGAGGUGAAGGUCACGAUGAAUAUGCGUAACGGAAGAACCAGGAUUGGUCAGCGUCUUUCAGUUCCACUGCUUCGACCAAAUGGAGACCAGUAUGUACUGGACAGGCAAAUUAUAGGCGAAAUUUUCUGUGGUAGAUCAGUUGCAGAAGCAAAAGCUGUCAUCAUAAACAUGUGUGGCGUGAUGCAUUGUGGGAAGUCAUUGAAUCUGAAUCAUUUUUAUGAAUUUCUUCUGGGAACGAGGGACUCUCACAGUUCGCGAAAGUCGAACCCUCCAAGAAAAUGUUUUGAUUGGGCUAACGGAAUAAAAACUCAACGGAAAACUAUCGGAAUGCAUAUCACUAAAAAACCUAUUCUUAUUCGUCGAGAUGGACAGGACCUCGCUAUAUUUUUGCUGGACUGUGAGGGAACUGAUUUAAGAUCUGGAAACGUACAAACAUUUUUGUUCACGCUCUCCACUCUGUUGAGUUCUGUUCAAAUCAUCAACGUAGUAAAAGAUAUUCAAGAUCGCGAUGUUUACGCACUAAAGUCGUUCAUAUCUGCCUACGAUGAGUUGAAUUCCGCACGCGGAGGAAUAUUUGAGACACAACUUCUUUUUUUGGUUCGAGAUUCUACAAGUACGAUGUCGUGCAAGUUAGGUGAUGAGGAUGGCCCACAGUUCCUUUCAAAAACAUUUCGAAUGGGAUUUAAACGCACAAUUCAUGAUAAGCUUCGAAAAUCUUUUUCGGAUGUCAGUUGUUUUAUACUGCCACAUCCCGGAUCAAAAGCUACUGUUAGACAACUGAAAGACGAGUUUAGUGGUGCAUUCCAAGAAUUGAACGAAUCCUUUGUAUUCUACCUGCAACGUUUAAUGGAUCGAGUUUUAACUCCAGAUAAUUUGGUUAUCAAACGGGUUAACGGCAAGCAAGUUACAUGUCGAGAGUUUGGAGAUUAUAUUGAAGCUUGUUACGAUGCACUCUCGGGAGUUAAAGAUCUUUGCGUCGGUUUGCUAAAGCUUGCUUCACACACAAGAUAUAAACCACUGGUGGAGGAAUGUGGGAGUUACUUCAAGCAAUCGUUGGAACAGGAAAUUCAAGGAAUCGCCCUUGAUGAAGUUGAAUUUUCCGAAAUCAGUGAUGAAAAAGUUCAGGACGCCAUACAGAAGUUUAUGAAUGCAACUGCUAGUAGAGUUCACGACGAUCAGAAAGAAAGAUAUCAAACGAUUCUUGAACAAGACCUGCAUGAGUUUAAAAAUGAAAUCCGUACAAGUAACGACAGAUUUUAUAAUGCAUCCAGUGAUAAAAACGAGACAGCAGUAAGGAGAGCAAGGAGGUCGUACGAGAGGGAAUUUCAAAAUAUGGUACGGGGACAGAGACUUGAUCAUCAAACCGUCAAGGAUUAUCACGAACUUGCAAUGAAUAAUGCAUUAGCAUAUUUCAACAGAACGCCAAAGCAGGGAGGGCAAAAUUUUAUACAAAAGUUUCGAGAGAAUCUACACAGUCGUAUUUUGGAUAUUUUCCGUGAAACAUGUGAAGAGAUUUCCUUUGCCGAUGUUCUUUUAUGUGGUACAGAUAUGAUAAGAACUGCCGUGAUAGGAGUGCGCGGUGGACAACUGGAUCACGAUGCGUGCUCAAUUGGAUUUCAGAAUGGAACUGUCACAUCAGAUACAGAAUUAUCUAUAAAAGUUGCCAAAGACACGGUUGGAUGGCCAGAAGAAGAAUACAUCCGGCGUUCACCUGUUCUGAUAUUUGAACCCAGUGACUGCCGCAUUCGCAAGCCCGUUAAAUGCCAACUCCAAAUGUGGUAUAUCGCUUUUUCCCAUGAAGUUUUUCCCGAGGAAAACGUUUACGUAUUGCAGAAACGGCAAGAUGCUUGGAUAGUUUUACAUAAUGAAGUUAUCGCAAAUAAAUCAACGAUUGACUGUAAUCUCACCGAACUUUCUCCCGUUGCUCUGGCUAUUUCCGUAAGAGAAAAGAAGCGCCAGUUGACAACCGUUUUGUACCUGAAUACCGGCGGCAACUUUAUUGCGAAGUUUUAUGACAUGAGCAACACAAGUGUAAUGAAUGCUAUAAGAGAAUCCGCAAAAUCCGGCAGAUACCUUACAGUGGUGGAUACGAACACUCUUGAAAUUUCCCGAAAUGACGAAAUUAUAGUCUCGCUUGGUCGGUGCAAUGAUAAUUCUUCAGCGCCAGACACUCAACAGUUUCGCGGCGAAGAUGUUUAUUCACCGGGAAUAACAAAGUCUAUACAAUUCGUUUCGCCAACGGUACCGACAAACGAGAAUGCAACAACUAUGUUUUACGAGGUUAAGAUCAACGGACAGAAGAAAAUAUCCAAUCCUUUCAAAGUCGAUUUAAACAACCCAGGAAGGCCUGACACGGCGGCUGCUGGUCCAUUUACCUUCAACCGAACUCAUGCGAUUGGCGAUUACAUUUCAAUUGUACCAGAAGGAGGCAACACUUGAAAACAAGAAUACGGUUCAUCAACAACCCUAUAUAUAAGAAAUUGUCAUGUAUUUUUUUAGCGUGGUUCAAAAAAUUUAUCUAGAAUUAAAUUAUAUCGA